AUGUUGCUCCAGAGAUGGGCUCUCAAGGGGCCAAUGAGCUUAAUCGAUCUUGAGAACAACUACUAUGUUGUGAAAUUCUUGCUAGCGAAGGAUAUGAAUUAUGUUCUCACUGGUGACCCUUGGCAAAUUGAUGGGCAAUAUCUGGUAACCCAGAAGUGGAAGCCUGGCUUUGAUUCCAAGGAGGAAAAAAAUUACCUACAUGACUACCUGGGUCCGAAUGAAUGGCCUGAAUGUGGAGUACUUUAA